AUGAGAGUGUGCAGCGGAUGGCGUCGUUUCCUCAUCUUUCUCCCUCUUAUUUUCAUUCUUCCUCACUUCUUCUCCGUCAAGCAAUUGCAUUAUAACUCUAAUGUGGAAGAUUUGCCCAAGAAGAAACAAGGCAACAAAUCCAAUCACUUGGUUCUUGGACCUGCUGCUGGUCAAGGCUUGAGAAAUCGCCUCCAAUGCCAAGGCAUCAAAGCUCUCAACCAAACCCAUUCUUCAGCCUCUUCCCAUGUGUCCAGUGGGGUUGAUGACAUUGCCUUUGUCACUGUCUUCACCAUAUACAACUCCACCGUUAAUGGGCUCGCCGAGGAUCAAUUGUCACACUUGGUUACCGUUGGGAAUGCUUCUUAUACUAAAGUGGAGAGAUCAAUGGCCAUCUUGAAUGUCUUCAUUAACUUCAUUCAGGUAUCAAUGCCUCGGAGCAAUGUAGUCAUUCUUACUGACCCAGAAUCUGAUCUUUCAAUGCACAGAAAUGGGGUCACUGUACAUCCAAUUCAAGGUGAAUAUUCACGUGACCAGUUGAUGCUUCAAAGAAUCAGGUCUUACAUUACCUUCCUAGAAACAAAGCUGGAGGAGCUUUCUCAGAAGCAGGGGCAUAAUCGUCAUUAUAUAUUCACUGACUCGGAUAUAGCUGUGGUUGAUGAUCUAGGAUACAUUUUUCGUGAGUACCCGAAUUUUCAUCUGGCACUCACGUUCCGAAACAACAAAGCUCAACCUCUGAAUUCAGGGUUUAUAGCAGUGAGGGGUACUUCCGAUGGCAUUUUAAGGGCGAAGAUUUUUCUACAAGAAGUACUAAAAGUUUAUGGAUCAAGGUACAUGAGAGCUUCUAGAAUGCUUGGGGAUCAGCUAGCUCUUGCCUGGGUGGUGAAGUCACACCCAUCUUUUGAUGCAAAGAAAUUUACCAAAGCCCAAGUUUUCAUAGAGGAUAUUGGCGAUGCUUCAGUGUUGUUUUUACCCUGUGCUCUAUACAAUUGGACACCACCAGAGGGCGCAGGUCAAUUUCAUGGCAUGCCCUUGGAUGUUAAGGUUGUUCAUUUCAAAGGAUCAAGGAAACGCCUGAUGCUCGAGUCUUGGAACUUCUACAAUUCCUUUUCUGACAUUUCAGAUAUGUUGUGCCUGAUACUAAAGAGUGGGAGAACAAAAUUUGAUUGGGGACCUUCCGAUUUCAUUCACAGAAGGGGUACAGCAAAGUUUGUUUUUGUGCUGAGUAAAUGA